UGAGCUGCUUCGUUCUGCCAGCCGCCAUCAAGCUCCACAUAAAGAAGAAGGUAACUCUGCUCCCUGCGGUCUAAAGGAGUGAGGACCGGAGCUGCACGCGCGCUGUCAGGUGUUCUGGACCAGAGAAGAACCGCUUCUACAGCCUGAUGGACUCAGAAGCAGCCGUUCUCCAGGGGGCUUUCCUCCACGCUGAUAAGUUGUGUCUCCCUGCAUCGCUGUCCUCCCUUCAGAAAGCUGAAUGGAGCCGCGUCUGCCGGCCGAUCCUGCUCGCCGUCCAGGAAAUCUGCGGCGCUCUGAGGCCCCGCCCAGCCUUAACCUGGAAGAAGAAGAUGGUUUGUUCCGUGUGGCUGAAGCUGCUGAGCAGAGAAGCUGAGGAGGACGUUGAAACGGCGUGGAGAGAGAAUCCGUUCUUCUGUCUGCAGAACAGCCUCCCUGAGCUCAACCAUGCUGUCCUGCUGGAGCUGCUCAAGUCCACCGCCGCCGCAGCCAUCUUUGCCGGUCUCCUCCUUCAUCUUCCUCCCCCCCGGAUCGUGGCUGAGCUGGAGCGGCUGACGGAGCACGUCAGGAGCGACCCGGCGGCCCAGGAAGAUGUCCGGUUUUUCCUGGAGGUUUGGUGGGAGCUGUGGAAAGGCGGAGAAGAUACAAACGCAGAAAACGAAGACGGCGUGGAGGCCAUGUUUGCCUCCCAGUUCGCCCGUCUGUCCUCAGACCGUCCCGGUCCGACUCCUCGCGCUGCCAAGAGGCUGAAGCUGGACGCUGCAGAGGAAACGUCGGCCGACAUCCUGCAGGUUCUCCUUCACGCACUCAGAGACAUGAGGGGCCUGGUUUCUUCUGCAGACGUUUGUUUUCAGGCCCUGUCGGUUUGUCUCGACGCUCUGCACACCUCCCUGCUGAUGAAGCAGGAGGUCACGGUUCCCGCCGCGGAGAAGUUGGACCUCCUGAGUAAAUGGAUCCUCUGCGGAGGAGAGGAGGAGACUCCGGAUCCCGAACGGAUCCGAGACGCUCAGAGAGACCUGCGUGCGUCUCUGUCCCCGUCCCGCUUUGGGCCCAGCAGCAUGAAGCUGCCUGAAGCUCUGCAGAUCGUCACGGACGUCGCUCAGCUCUGGAAGGACGAAGGCCUUCUGACAUCCGGCGACGCCCCGGUCCCUCGCCGCUCUGCGCUGCGGCUGCAGCACAGCGUCCGGAGGGUUCUGCCUGCUCUGGAUGAACUUCCUGAAGCUCUGACGGAGAAGAACGCGCUCCGGGAUCUGCUGGGCUCUCUGGAGUUCCCCGCUGCUGAGAGCGCUCCAGACGCCCAGGCUCAGGUGGCCGCCGCCAUCAUCGCUCACCGCCUGCAGGACUAUGAGCGCUUCGCGGAGCUGUUUGCAGGCCAGAGGUUCUGGGCUCCUUCUGAGACCUGGCUGCUCUGCCUGGAGCGGAACCAGGCGGCCUUCCUGCAGCCGCAGACGCUGGUCAGCCUGUCCUCCAGCGUGGCGAGCCUCCUGCAGGCAGGAAGCCUGGAUGUUCAUCAGAGCAGGAAGCUGAUGAAAACGGCUGCAGAUGUUUUCUCUGCUCUUUCUUUACCGGAUCAGAACCGAGUCCUGGCUGCAGUUCUGACAUCAUCCAGCAGGGGCUUCUUCAGCCGUCCGCUCCCUGCAGCUGUGACCGAGGCCUUCGAGCUGGAGCUCAACAUGGCCUUCAACUGCAUCAUCCAAGGAGGGGGCGGCGCCUCGGCAGCCGCGUCGCAGGGAAACCUGACCACCGCCGUCUCCUUGGUAGCCAGGGUGGCGUUUCAGAACCCAGAGGCGGCUUUGAAGUCGUGCUGCCAGGCGGCUGUUUAUAACAGGGGGGCCUCGGCUCUGAUGGCCAGGAUCCUGCAGCAGCUGCCUGGACUGAGGCGACCCGGAGAACCCGGCGGCGUUUCUCUGAGCGACCCGCUCUGCACAUGUUUGCAGGAGACGAUCGCCAACAGAUCCAUGUCGCCCGGCGAGAAGCAGCAACUCCUCCAGUUCCUGGUUCUGCUGAUGACGCCGCAUGAAGAGGAGGAGAAACGAAGCUUCCUGUCGCCGGAGAACGUCGUCAACACCUUCGUCCUCCCCAACCUGCUAGCUAAGGGAGACGGCGUGGAUGCUGAGCUCAGCCUGCAGCUUCUCCACGCCGCUCUGUCUGUGGAAGCGGCUGCUUCUCCUCACUGGGUGUUGGCCUGCUCCCCCUUCCCCCUCCUGUUUGUCCUCGCCCAGCUCUACAGCCAGGCGUACAGGUGCUGGGAGGAGCCACCGGAGGGCGCCGUCUACCUGCGCUCCAUGGACACCAAGGAGCUGCUGGUUUCGGUGCUGACCGCGCUGGGAAGGGUGGUGGGUGCGGAGGUGGAGGCAGCCCCCAGCAGCUGGUCCAGAGCGCUGUUCUGGCUCUAUGACAAAACCGAGGAUCUGGAUUGGACGGUGCGCUUCCACCUGAAGCCUGUAUGGGGGCAGCACUUUAAAAACGAGGCGCCUUCCUCCCUGCUGGAGGUGUGUGAGCUGCCUGAACAGGAGUGGUCUGGUCUGGAGCUCCCAGCGUACGGCCAGGGGACGGGUCUUCUAGCCUGGAUGGAGUGCUGCUCGCUGUCCGACUCCCUGCGCUCCACCAUGUUGUCGUGUCUCAGUCUGGAUCGGCGCCGGCCUGACCAUGUCAGCAUGUUUAGCAAAGGCCUGCUGGUGGCGCUCACGCAGACGCUCCCCUGGUGCUCCGUGUCCCAGUGGGCACGGCUGCUGGGAGUUCUGAGGGAGCUGAUCCGGUCGGCUCGCCUGAGCGUCCCCUUCUCCCUGGAGUACGUGGACUACCUCCCCCUGCUGGACCUGAAGCAGUUCUCCUGCGAGCUGCGGCUGUCGGUGCUCCUGCUGCGGGUCCUGCAGCUGCUCUGCGGCUCCAGCUGCUCGGCCUGGCUGCCCUCUGACGGCUGGGCUCACCUCUGCAGGCUGCACGCCUACGCCGUGAGGAGCAUCGUGAGCUGCGUGAAAGCCAAGCUUCCUCUCCAUCCACCUUCUGCUGCCACAGCGUCUCCUGGUUCCAGAGCCUUUAAUCCGUCGUCUGAAGCUACUAAACUGGAUCCGGAUCUUCUGAGCAAUGCUGAGGAGAGUCUUCAGGAACCUGAGGCUCCUGUGGAGAAGGAGGCGCAUUCAGCUCCAAGCCAGGAGGUGCUCUUCGUUCUCAGCCAGCUCUACUGCCAUGUUCAGCACAUCCAGGUGAUGAUGCCAGGAGGCCAGUCGGAGCCUCUGUUCCUGUGCAGCUUGGAGAUCCUCAGUAACUACGCGGCCAUCAUGGCCGCCUUCCCGGACAGCUGCAGCCACGUUGAGAGCGACGACACGCGCCACUUCUUCUCCACCAUCACAGCCAACCUGAGCGACCGCAGCAUGAAGGACGUGCUGCAGCAGAAGAUUGCUCAGCUGGUGUCAUCUACAGCAUGAAGAGACGCCGACGGAUUUACAGAACUAUCAAACAUGCAGAUUCCUCUCUUUGCUCGGCUCGUUAAAGUCAAAUAAAUGUUAUUUUCCAAUCAAAGUGUUCAUGUUGAGAU